AUGCUGAAUAUUCAAGAAUGGCUAAUAUAUAUUGCUGAGAAGGUUCCAUCUGAUGUGGUUGUUUUGAUUGCUGUCAUUGCAUGGGCUAUGUGGUUUAACCGAAACAAAGUUCGGGUGGAUCAUUGUUCCAGAUCUCCAAAGGAAAUAUUGCUGUUCUCAAGAGAGUAUAUCCAUCAUUUUCAUGCUGUUAAUUGUACGCGAGCAAGAUUCCAUGUACCAGGUGUGGUUGCUGAGAGAUCCAUGUGGAAAUUGUCUCAGGAAG